AUGGGUGUGGGCCAGGCCCCAGGUGUGGGCCAGGCCCCAGGUGUGGGCCAGGCCCCAGGUGUGGGCCAGGCCCCAGGUGUGGGCCAGGCCCCAGGUGUGGGCCAGACCCCAGGUGUGGGCCAGGCCCUAGGUGUGGGCCAGGCCCUAGGUGUGGGCCAGGCCCUAGGUGUGGGCCAGGCCCCAGGUGUGGGCCAGGCCCCAGGUGUGGGCCAGGCCCCAGGUGUGGGCCAGGCCCCAGGUGUGGGCCAGGCCCCAGGUGUGGGCCAGGCCCCAGGUGUGGGCCAGGCCCCAGGUGUGGGCCAGGCCCCAGGUGUGGGCCAGGCCCCAGGUGUGGGCCAGGCCCCAGGUGUGGGCCAGGCCCCAGGUGUGGGCCAGGCCCCAGGUGUGGGCCAGGCCCCAGGUGUGGGCCAGGCCCCAGGUGUGGGCCAGGCCCCAGGUGUGGGCCAGACCCCAGGUGUGGGCCAGGCCCUAGGUGUGGGCCAGGCCCUAGGUGUGGGCCAGGCCCUAGGUGUGGGCCAGGCCCCAGGUGUGGGCCAGGCCCCAGGUGUGGGCCAGGCCCCAGGUGUGGGCCAGGCCCUAGGUGUGGGCCAGGCCCCAGGUGUGGGCCAGGCCCUAGGUGUGGGCCAGGCCCCAGGUGUGGGCCAGGCCCCAGGUGUGGGCCAGGCCCCAGGUGUGGGCCAGGCCCUAGGUGUGGGCCAGGCCCCAGGUGUGGGCCAGGCCCCAGGUGUGGGCCAGGCCCCAGGUGUGGGCCAGGCCCCAGGUGUGGGCCAGGCCCCAGGUGUGGGCCAGGCCCCAGGUGUGGGGUGGAGGGGUGAGUAA